AUAAAAUCGAGGAAAUUAUUAAAUAAAACAAAAAACUAAUCUAAGUUUUGAAAAUUACAAAGAUCAAAUAUGAUUUUAAUAAGAAAGAACUAAUCAAAAAUAAAUAAAUUAAUGAGAAUUUAAAUAAAAGGAUAGAAUCUUUAGAAGACGAAGUUGGUUUUUGUAAUAAUUAAAAGGAAGAUUUGUUUAAAUAGGUUGAAACAAAGGAAGAUUUAAUAUUCGGAAGAAAUUAAAAUAGAAAAUGAAAAAUUAAAAAAAGAAAUAUUAAAUGAAAAUUAAAAAAAUAAAUAAAAUGAAAUUGAUAAGAAAAAUAUAAUAUAGAAAAAUUCGGUUCUUAAAAAUAAUAUUUUAGACUUAUAAGAAUAAAUAAAUUAAAAAAAUUAAAUAAUUAAUCAACAAAAAUUUUAGAUACAAUAAUAAAAUUAAUAAAUCGAAAAUAUUUAUACAUAAAAUAGGUAAAAGAAUAAUCUAUUAUGAUAUUUGGAUAUGAAAGAGAA